AUGUCACGGGGCCCUACCACCAAGCCGGCUGCAAAGCCCAAAUCCAAGGUAGCAAAGCCGACGCGCCCCCAGAAAAGAGUCAAGGGCGGCACCGAAUCGACGCGCAACCAUGUCUUCAAAGGCUUCACCCAGCGUAUUGCCCAGCUCAAAAUCGAGCCCAUUCGCCGCGGUCGCAGCACCAUCCUCGACGAUGCCGAACUCGAAUCUACAUUCUCCUACUUCCGCGACUCUUUCAUGGAGUGGAGGGAGCUCAACAUGUCCGAAGGCUUCACAACUUUCGCCCGCAAAGUCGCGCCACUAUGCGACAGCCUCCCGCAGGUCCUCCACCACAGCGAUCGCAUAUUCGAGCUACUCGUAGAAUACAUCGAAAAGGGCGAGAAAUUCAGCCAAGAGCCGCUGCUUAGUCUCAUGGCGCAUCUGGCCCACGACCUGGGUGAAAGAUUUGAAAAGCAUUUUGAAAAGGCAGUCAAGACGGUGUCGCAUCUGGCAGCUACACACACUGACGUCGAGGUGAUAGAGUGGGCUUUUGGCUGUCUCGCAUGGCUGUUCAAAUACCUCUCGCGACUCUUAGUGCCGAACCUACGCCCGGUCUUCGAUCUGAUGUCGCCUCUGCUCGGUAAGGAGCGCCAGAAGGCCUUCGUGUCUCGUUUCGCCGCCGAAUCGCUCAGCUUCCUUGUCCGCAAAGCCGGUGCUGGCUACCACAGAGACAAGAUGCCGCUCAGAACCAUCAUAAAGCACAUAUCGGACCAGCUCAAGGACCAGCAAGAGUCGGGCAAGGACUACGCUUUCCAACAGGGUCUCAUGUACCUCUUGACUGAUUCGCUAAAGGGCGUGCAGCGAGGAUUCCAUUCGAGCGCCACAGCCAUACUGCAGGAGCUCCUAGCAGAGACAUACAACGAAGAGCACGUCCAACUCCGAAUACCGCCUCUCGAGCCUGUGCUGACCGGUGUCGUGACCGCUGCGAUCCACCACACGGAUGCUGAAAACUUUGGGCCUCUGCUUGAAGUCAUUCUUGCACAGAUCGAUAAGACAUCUGCCGACACACAAUAUAUGGGCCUUUCGUCUCGCCUACUACUGGUCGCCUGUGGUGUACGACAGGGUGACCGCAUCGACAAUUGGCAGCCUAUCUUGGUCCUAGUCAGUCGUUUGCUCGACUCAACAAAGGCAUCCACAGUUCUGGAUUCUGUUGAUGCAUGGGAGCUCUUGUCUGUUGUCUCUGUCGUAUUUCAAUACUGUACUUUGGAUGCAGCGAUUCCCUAUGAAAAACUACUUGAAGAGCUCAGUCGUGGCUUAUGGGAGCCAUACUUCCUACCUUUCUGCAACCUGUUUGCGGACCUAGGAGUGGAGAGAUUCCGGACGUUAUUACUUCCAUACUUCAAGAGGUUCAUUGCACAGAAAGCACACGAGCACGGGUCACAAUUUUGCGCUAUCCUUCCUCGACUGUACGACAAUGGCGCACUAGCAAAUGGCACUCUCCAACCAUCUGAGCACUGGCAAACGAGCUUACACGAGCCGUUCGACAAGCUUGUUGCGUCUGCGCGUGGUGGUACUGAUUCGGACCACGAGACUUACUACUGUAACGCUUUGUUAGGCGCCAUAGAGACGCUUCGCAUAAGCAACGACAAGACGCGUGGAAUAUGGAACGAUCUUGCAGAACUGCUUAGGAACGCCGUGAACAUCGACAGCGUAAAACCCCAACGAACCACGGAUAUCUUCGCUACCGGCAAUGGUUUCCAGUUUCUUAUCGGGAAAGGCGACAGUGACGAUCUGACAGCAAGUCUGUGGCCCGCGUUAUGCCAGGCAUCCACUACAUAUGGCCAUUCUGUAGCCUUUUGGCGCGCGCUCCUAGGCUUGUUACAACGAGAAAAGACCAAACUUGACAUUACCGGUUCGCAUAUGGAGCCUCUCAAGCGAACUCUUAUGCAUUGCUUGGGUUCUCCAUCGCAUGAUCUGAGACUCGUAGCCAUAUACGUUCUACAGAUUAUCGCGGAACAGACCGAGGAGCACCAGAACAUCCUGCAUAUCGCAAUGCUGAUCGAGCAAUCACCACUAAACCUCGAGACUCAGAGAUCUAUUUCGAUGCGGAUAGGGCAGAUCGCAAAGUUGUACCCAGGUGUAUGCUCCGCCCAUUGGGUAGGGGAGGCCAUACCCGCAUUUUGUCUAGGACUGCUACACGUUCGACUAGCUUCGGUCUGGGACGAUAGUUGCACUGCUCUAAAGAAAAUAUGCGAGACGAAAGAGGGGGAGGGCUUUGUCACUCAGAUGGUCUUCGACUGGCUGACUGCUGCCGAUGCCAGCGAGAGUGCUACUGAAGAACCCCAAACGGCCUCUUCACAACGACCCUACGCCACCGAAUUCGAGUGUACCAACCUCAUGCAAUUACAGGACCAUAUCUCUAACAUACAGUCUCAGGCCGACAGCACUGAAGAGCAGCUAGAGAUUCUAUUCAAAGACAACCAUGCCGAAGUACCUUUCCACAACCCAUUCAGUAGGACGCAGGCUCUGAGAGUCUUGAGUUCUUUGCCGCAUAUCGCGGAGAAGCGGUCGCGCCUUCUCGUACCCGUACUCUUGAACUGGGCGCUAAACCAAACGACGCCGGAACCCGAAGACGUCCCCGCUGCUGAAGAGGAUGUCGUUGCUGCCGCUCAGCAUCGUUGGGCAAGAAAAGACCAAAAGGCAAUGCUUUCGAUCUUCGCAAAAUUCAACAACCCUAAGGUUCUAUACCGGACUGAUGAAGUCCGUGAAGCCCUGCUUGCUUUGCUAGGCAACGGAGACAUUGAGAUUCAAAAAGCUGCACUGAAAGCGCUUCUCACCUGGAAAGACCCCGCUAUCGUGGCAUACCAAGAACAACUGCUCAACUUGCUCGACGAUGAGCGUUUCCGUGACGAGCUGCCAAUCUUCCUCAGUGAAGGAAAGCUUCAAGACACCGACGUGGAUCAAGUACUUCCAAUAGUAUUACGACUACUGUAUGGCAAGGUUAUAGCUGGCAAACGGGCACUUGAGUCAAAGAGGAAAGCAGUUUUCGUCGGCCUCAAGAACAGAUUUGGAGAUGAUGCCAUACAUCAAUUCUUACAAAUCGCUUUUGGGCCUCUUGGUCAUAUCUCAAUCUUGAAAGACUCCGAAGUUGAUGAAGAGCUGUUGCAAAAAGAUUUGGUCGAUGCACGAAAGCAGGUCGGUAUGCUGAACCUACUGGACGAUUUGCUGAGUACUUUUGCAACCACAUUCGCGCCAUUCGCUGGAACCGUUGUGGAUCCCAUCUUGUACUCCGCCAUCAAAGCAUCACGAGAACUAUCAAAGCCCAACGAUAAUGAAGACGAUGAAGGUCGUGCAACGAACACGUCCUUGCUGAAGACUAUAAGGCAGCGCGCGUUGCAGAUUCUAGGAAGGCUAUUCGAGAACUGCCCAGACUUUGAAUGGAAGCCGUACACGGGUGCUCUCGUCAAAGAGAUGGUCGAACCUAGGCUCGAGCAUUUGCCUAUUGAGACGGCUCAAUCCGUCUCUGGACUUCUACGAUUAUUCGCGGCAUGGUCGAAAUCGAGCGCUACGGCCCCAUUUCUAGUAGAGUUCAACCCUGUCAUACUACACAAGGUCAUCGACUGCCUUGAGGUACCCUCAGCCAAGGAUGAUGUCAAGUGCUUUGUACUGAACGACAUCAUCCGGAACAUCGUUUCUCUUGUCACUGUUGAAGACGAAGUGCCGACGACGGACUCAAAGCUUCUACGGAACCGUAUCCACACGGACAUCAUUCAGCCGUACUCAACUGCGAUACUUCACCGAGUUGGUCACCUACUUCGCCAAAGUCCUAGCAAGGAAGUGCUUGAAGCUGGCGUACAAACAGUCGCGGAUCUAGCCCCUCAUGUGGUCGGUGCCACGGAGUCGCGUAGCAUGAUCGAGAUCGCAACUUUCCUGCUUCGCCAGCCUUCAAAGCGCGUAAACCCGCGAACCAAGUUGGGUCUACUCAAGAUUCUUCAUGAAUUCAUUCAGCGUUGUGACAGUCAGGGUCUGACUGAGCUUUUCGACACAAUCUACGAUGCGAUUUGUCCCAUGUUCAGUUUCGUCCAAGAUCGAACAGCACGAACCUUGCUUUGUGAUGUCCUUCAAGACCUUUCGGACACCAGCAGCGGUCUUGUGGUAAUUUCGAAAUUGUGCCACGAUCUCAAUUCUUUCGCCACUGGACGCAUCGACGAGCCGGAUUUUGAACGCCGUUCCCAAGCUUUCAGUGCCAUCAAUGAACAAGGCUAUCAGUCCUACACGCUCGCACAGUGGAAACCUCUAGUCUACAACAUGCUGUAUCUAAUCAAAGACAACGACGAGCUCAGUAUUCGCGUGAACGCUUCCUUAUCUUUGCGUCGCUUCAGCGAGGUAUCGUCAAGCGAACCGUUCAGAGCUUUUAUCUCAGCAGCCGUUCUACCUGGCAUUCAUGCCGGUAUGCGGGAGAACUCAGAGCUUGUGCGGAUUGAAUACCUUGCUGUCCUUGAGCAUCUGGUCAAGACACACCCUGACUGGGCCCCUGUGGCGGACCUGCACGUGCUCCUUUCGGAAGAUGAUGAGGCGUCGUUCUUUGGCAACAUUCUUCACAUCCAGGGCCAUCGCCGACUGAGAGCCCUGCGCCGCUUGGCCACAAGUGCGUCUCACCUGCGCGGUACAAACAUCUACCACGUCCUCAUCCCGCUUCUCGAGCAUUUCGUCUUCAACAAAGGAGAUGAUGAGGCUGCGGAUAGUCUUCUAGGAGAGACAAUCAAAACACUCACGUCGUUGACUGAAGGUCUAGAGUGGCCGCAAUUUCGUUCUUUGCUCAAACGUUAUAUCGGCUACUUGACGAGCAAGGAAGAUCUGCAAAAGCCGAUCAUCCGACUAAUCGCUGGUUUGAUGGACGGGUUGAAUCACGCAGCACGCGCCAAAGGAUACAUUGCGAAGGCCGCGUCUGGACAAGAUGACCAGGUUGCUUCUGAGAAUGAGGAGGAUCCGGACGCGAUGGAUGUCGACAAGCCUCUGUCGACCUUAGCCAAGACCCUCCCACAACAGGAAAAGCUGAGCGUCGAUCUCAUCAACAAUUUCUUGCCCGAUCUCACCAAUUUCCUGCACAAGAAGGAUGAAGCCACUGUCAGUCUACGAGUGCCAAUCGCAGUCGCAAUUGCGAAGAUCCUUUUAGUGCUCCCACCACUUGAAAUUGAGACACGCUUGCCAGGAGUUCUUCUAGACAUCUGCUAUAUUUUAAAGAGUCGUGCGCAAGAAGCACGUGAUAUGUCGAGAAACACGCUCAGCGACAUCGCUACAUUAAUGGGUCCGGGCUACCUUGGGUUCAUCUUGAAGGCUCUGCGAACUGCGCUUCAGAGAGGAUACCAGCUCCACGUUCUCUCGUUUACUCUACACUCGAUUCUAGUCAAGCUUGCCGACCAAACCAACCCAGGCGAUCUCGAUUACUGUUUAGCGGAUCUAGUUGACGUGGUCAUGGAUGACACCUUUGGUGCUGCAGGUCAAGAGAAGGAUGCAGAAGAGUACAUCUCGAAAAUGAAGGAAGUCAAGAGCAGCAAGUCUUUCGAUUCCAUGGACAUCAUAGCACGAUCAGCUACACCCGCGCACAUCAUCAAGCUUGUGCUCCCAAUCAGGUCCCUCCUGAUCGAGAAGCUCAACGCCAGAAUGGUUCAAAAGAUUGACGAGCUUCUACGACGCAUCGGACUCGGUGUUCUACAGAACCCAACAGUCAACAACAGAGAUAUAUUGGUGUUUUGCUAUGAGCUCAUCCAGGAAGUCUACGCCGCGAACACUUCCACUGAGAAGAAGGCUAAGAUCGACCCCAAGAACAAGCGGUAUCUGAUCAACAACCGUGGCGCAGCGAAGUCCGGUGCGAGACUCAGCACAAACUCGUACUUGUACAAGAUGAUACGCUUCGGCAUGGACAUUCUCCGGACUGUGCUCCGCAAGCACGAAGACCUCCAGACACCCCAGAACCUCGCAGGCUUCCUUCCGAUUAUCGGCGACGCAAUGGUACAAGGACAAGAAGAAGUGCAAGUUUCGGCUGUCCGUCUUCUCACAACCAUAAUCAAGGUACCUAUGACGGAGCUCGAUACGAACUGCCCCGUGUACAUCGACGAAGCGAUGCGCGCCAUUAAGGGCGCACUCUCGUCCAACACAGAACUUGCGCAGGCUUCAUUGAAGCUGGUAUCAGCUGUUCUACGUGAGCGACCGAAUGUACAAAUCAAGGAACGAGAUAUCGGACACCUACUCAAGCGCAUGAUGCCCGAUUUGGACGAGCCAGAUCGCUCUGGUGUCAGCUUUGGUUUCCUCAAGGCUGUCAUGAAUCGGCAUAUCGAUGUUCCUGAGAUGUAUGAAGCCAUGGACAGGGUGGCCGAGAUGAUGAUCACCAACCAGACGAAAUCCGCACGCGACAUUGCCCGUUCGCACUUCUUCCAAUUCCUGACUUCGUACACGCAGAGCGAGAAGCGCUUCAAGAAGCAGAUCGAAUUUCUCCUCAAGAACCUCCGAUACGAGCAUGUAGAAGGCAGGCAGUCAGUCAUGGAAGCACUCGACCUCAUAAUCGGAAAGGCGCUGCCCCGCUUCCCGGAGAAGGCACAGGACGAGUAUCAUGGUAUCAUGUUCCUGCCGCUGAUCAACACUGUGGCCAACGAUGACUCAAGCAAAUGCCGUGAGAUGGCUAGCUUACUUAUCAAGAGGCUAUUCCAACACGCCAGCGACAAGCGACUGCAGAGUUUUGCGGCUGAUCUUAAGAGCUGGUUGGAACAGGACGAAAACGUUGGCCUGAAGCGUCUUGGUAUUCAAUGUUUCGGUUUCUACUUCGAGGCGAUGGAGGAGGAUGAAGAGCCGAAAGAACUUACAUACGUUCUUGACCGACUGGACUCAACAAUCGACGAGUGCUUAACACGCCGUGACGAAGACGACUGGGAGUUGCUAUACUACUCUCUCACUCUGCUCUCCAAGAUCUGUAAGAAGUACACGGAGACCAUGUUCGCAUCGAACAAAGACAGCCUCUGGACGGCGGUGCAGGCCAGCGUAACCUACCCGCACUUGUGGGUCAAGCUGAAAGCUGCAGAGCUCCUGGGUACGUACUUCGCGCAUCUAGGAGUGUCAAACAAGGAUACUGGUCUGGAGGCCUUGCCCCUCGAAGGAUCAGGCGGGUUGCAGCUAGCGGAACAGAGCAUGACGCAGCUCUGCAAUGCCUUCCUAAGAAACCUGCUCAACCCGGAAGUCUCAGAACAGCUCUGCAUGCAGAGUGUGAAGAACAUCGCUUUCCUGGCCCGAUGCCUCGCUGUCAACGGCGCUAAGUGGCAUUGGCAAAAGACGGAUGACGAUGAAGAAGGGGGAGAGACUGUAGCUCCAACGAACGGUGAUACAGCGGCCACAGACGAUGAGGAAGAUUUCGGCGGCUUCUCACCUCCACCCGAGACCGCAAAACCCAAGAAACCGGAAGACGCUCCACCAGCAGCCAUCCACCGCCUGAUGAUCCGGCUCUCGGGUAUUGUCCGCAAAGAUAAGAGCACCAUGAAUGCGAAGACGGCCAUCAUGAACCUUUUCGACACUAUCGCUGCCAAGUUCCCUCUCGAACCUCUAUCUACAUCCCUCCCACAUCUUCUUACUACUCUAUCAACACUCACCGAUGCUACUGCGACUUUCCCCAAGUCCUCCGCUGCCCUCGUCUCCAAUAACGCGCCCAACGACCCGUACAAAUCUCUUGCUGAUAAGGCACGCGAGGUUAUGAACACAUUGCAGAAACGCCUCGGUACGCAAGAGUAUCUGAAUGUCAUGGCUGAAGUGCAGAGAGGCGUCCGCGAGAGGCGCGAAGAGAGGAGGAGAAAGAGGAAGGUCGACGCUGUGCUGGAUCCAGAGAAGGUUGGCAAGGAGAAGAGACGGAGACAUGAUGUUAAGAGAGUGAAGCGGAAGGAGAGGAGUGCUGAGGAGAGAGGAAAGCGUAGGGGUUGGUAG